AUGAGUGGAUAUUCUGGUGUGUCAUAUGUAAUAAGUGAAGGACAAAAGACUUUAUUAUCUCAAGCUAGUCCUGUAGAAUUGGCUACUAUAACUACAAGUUUAAGAUAUAAAGGUUAUCACAAUGCAAGCUGGAGUUUAUAUAAGUGUCAAUCAGAUUACUAUUAUUGGUAUAAUUAUUAUACUACUCAAGUGGAACAAUUUGAAAAGCUUGAGCAUUCUAUAAGUAUAAAGAUAUGCAAUAUUAUGUCAGAUAAAAGACUCAGGUUAGAUAAUGCAGCUCAAAUUGUACUAAAGAAUUAUACAGAUGAACAAAUAGUGUUAGGCUAUACAAUACCAAGUAUUAUACCAUCAUCUGAACACCUUCUUUUUAAAGAAUAUGUUAGAUAUUUAUCUACUAAAAGAUAUCUCGUUGAAAUGAAAAAAAAAGUUUGGGAAAGCUUUAGGAAUGUUGAGAUUAAGAAAAAAGUUAUUGAAGCAUGGGAAUAUGAUUACAAUGAAGCUCUGAAAGAAAAGAACAAUAUUGAAUACUUUAAUAACGUGGUUAAUUAUAAAAUAGAAAAUCGGGAGAAUGAAUUAUUUGGUAAUAUGCAAAAAAUUAGAAUUCAAGAACUACGAAUUAAAAAGGAACAAGUAGUAUUGAAUAUAACAGGUGAGAAUAAAGCAGAAGGCAGUGAUAUAGAAGAGCAGGUUAAAGUCGAUAACCAAAGAAGUAUCUCAAGUACAAAUAACGACAGAACUUGCUGUGAUUUGUUUGGAGGCAAACGACGUGUAACUUUAUAUAGAUCUAAAUCAUCGAGUCCUCCAAAAGCUCAAUUUAAGGAAAAUAAGGAGCUUCGUGAAUUACCACCUAAACCGAACUCUCCUCCAAUUCCAUCCAUAGAUUUAGGAACUAAAAAGGUUACAACUAAGAACAAAGAUGCAAAUUAUCCAAGCAUAACUACAAUUGGUAUGAAGGCAACUUCAAGGUUAAGUGACCCAGUAAUCCCUAAUAAAACAAAACUUGGAGAACAAUUUAUAGGGCAUUAG